AUGAUAGUUACAUUGAGCAACACCACACUCUAUCCUCGUCGACCGUUAGUUGUUGCACCCAAAGCCCAAAACCCAGCUCUUUCCGGCCACCUUAAUCACACCAGAGAAGUUACGUGCUCGAAUAGCAAAUGCCGAUCUCCUGUUCGUCUCGUGAAUGGGUGUUGGAAAAGAAGAGCUUAUCCCGUGACUAAUUAUGAAGGGUUGUGGGAGGACCCUGAUGAUGCUAGUGAUGAUAGCGAGUACGACGAAACCGAUGAAGAUGAUGAUGAGGAGAAUGACUUGGAUUAUGAGAGUGAUUUGAGAGCCAAUGGUAAUGAAAAGGCCUCUGUUAGUAAUCUUGAGGAUUUAUCGAGGAAAAAUUACGAGGAGGAUCUUGUUAGAGAGGUGGAGCUAAUGUUAAGCCCAGAAGAAAAGGCGAUCUUGGAACAGAAUGAAGCUCCUAACCUGGAGAAAUUAUCAACUGCGAAAUGGAAGCCUCUACAUUCUUUUGCGCUAGCAGGACACAUUAAAUACAUGGAUAGCAUGCUUGAAAAGGGGUAUGAUAUUGACUUGGUAGACAAGGAUGGACUGACUUCGCUGCAUUUAGCCGUUAUUGGGAAAAGAGAAGCUGUCAUCAGUCAUCUCUUAAGAAAAGGAGCGAAUCCUGAAGCAAAAGAUAAGGUAUGGCAACUAAUAAAUGUUUGA